ACCUUUCGUGAGCGCGCACGCUAGUUCCAUAGAAUAUUCUGGCUCCUCGAAGGCUUCCGCAAGAGAGACACAUCGUCCGGCAUGUUAUUUUAGUUUUUUUUCAUGCGUGAAUUGUGCUGAUAUUCUCAACAGGUGCGAUGCAGCAGACGCUGACUCCUCACGUCUACUGGGCUCAGCGGCAUGAGGACAUCUACCUGCGAGUGGAGCUGAUUGACGCGCAGAAUCUUGACAUCAGCGUGCAUGAUAAUGUCCUCCAAUUCAGGGCCCAGGGUCAUGGAGCAAGAGGACAGAAUGAUUAUGAGUUUAGUCUGCCGUUUCUUAAUGCUGUGAAGACAGAGGUGAGCCACAGGUCGACCCAACGCCAGGUUAACAUCACAGUGCGUAAGCAGCUGAGUGGCUGGUGGGACAGACUCACCCUACAGGAGAAGAAACCCCUGUUCCUGGCUCCUGACUUCGACCGCUGGAUGGACGAGUCUGACGCUGAGAUGGAGCUACGGGAGAAGGAGGAGAAAAAGAAUCGACUGAACAUGGAGGCAAGGCUGUCAGAGGACUCAUACAUCACUCUGAAGAAAGCUUUUCUGUUCACCUACAACCUGGUUCAGUUCUUGGGCUUCUCCUGGAUCUUCAUCAACAUGACCAUCCGACUCUUUAUACUGGGACAAGAUUCUCUCUAUGACACAUUCUACACCAUCUCCGACGUGAUGUUUUUCUGCCAAAUAUUAGCCAGUGUAGAAGUCCUCAAUGCUAUGUUUGGAGUGGUCAAGGCUGCGGUGGUUCCUGCUUUUAUACAGGUGAUCGGUAGGAACUUCAUCCUCUUCAUCAUCCUCGGCAGCCUGCAGGAGAUGCACAACAAACCAGUGGUCUUCUUUGUCUUCUACCUCUGGAGCGCUAUAGAGAUCUUUAGGUACCCAUUCUACAUGCUGGGUUGUAUCGACACAGAGUGGAAGACGAUCACCUGGCUGAGGUACACCGUCUGGAUACCCCUGUACCCUCUGGGGGUGCUGGCUGAAGCGGUUGCAGUGGUCCAGUCCAUCUCAGUGUUUGACCAGAGCAGACUGUUCAGUAUCCCUCUACCUGAGGCCCUGGGCUCCUCUGCCAGCUUCUCCUGUGUCCUCUAUAUCUACCUACCUCUCAUGGUCAUCGGGCUUCUCAUCAAUUUCCGCCACCUGUACAAACAGAGGAGGAAGAGGUUCCGGACCAAGAAGAGGAAGUCUAACUGACAUCAUUUUUAAAAUCUUUGACCUCCAACAACCUCUGCUGCCUGUCUGUUCCCAUCAUCUCAUCUAGGUUGACUAAAUUCCACUAACUUUCUCAACAUUUCCAGAAGUCCCAGUUAGGAGAAUUUUGCAACCCUCGUCUUGUAUUUUCUGUUGUAGUUAAUUCGCAGUACGAUUUUUUUCUUGCUAACAAACGUCCUCAGGGGAAAGUCACAUAAGAUGUCUGUUUUUGUCACGUCAAUUAAUAUGCUGAAUAAAAAUGAGCAGUUCCACUU